AUGGUCAAAACACGCAAGGAGCGAGCUGGCAAUGCCCACGUCAAGCUUCGCCAGCCUGAUCGGUCUGGGCCAACAGAGAAGACUCUACUCGACUUUGCCCACGAGCAGAAUUUAUUUCAGCAGGUCCAACAGCGGGAGAAGGAGAUGGCAAAGGAAAGGAGAAAGCAAAGCAUCGCAGACGGUGAUGAUGACGACGGCGAAGUUCCUACCUUAUCUCCCGGUGCAGAGCGAGCCCUCGAAGCUGCUUUAUGGACCGCUACCAUUGCUAUGCUUCACUUCACCUUUGACGUGCUGGUGCAGCAUCAGUAUGGCCAGGAGAUUAGCUGGGCGCAUGUCUGCACAAGAACAGGCCGUGCCUGGCUAGGGCUGCCGGGCCGAUAUCAGCGGCCGCUAAGACAAUCAAUCUUCUUCAUAAUGGGCGUUGCGUCAGGAUGCUAUCUCAUUUAUAUUUCCAACACCUAUGGGUAUUUGGCUACCAUGAAGCAAGCACCGCCGCUGGGAUGUUUGUGGCUCUGGGCUGUGGUGGAAUUGGACCUCGUCUGGGGCUGCCUCAGUCUGCUGCUUGCUGCAGUCUUCCUCAAGCAAGGAGGCUACGAAAUUAAAUAG